UUCCGUCUAGAGACCCGUCUUUCGUCGCAUUUGUCUGCACUACCGGGAUUAGUCAGAUCUCAGAUUUUGACAGAAAAAUAUAUCACGAAAGUUGUCUCUUUGAAAAUUAUAGCAAAUUAUAGCUUUAAUCCGCAAAAAUGAAUAGACUUUUCGGACGUGCGAAGCCCAAGGAACCACCACCAAGUAUCACGGAUUGUAUUGCUGGGGUUGAUAGUAGGGCGGACUCUGCAGAGAAGAAGAUAGCUAGAUUAGAUGUGGAGUUGAAAAAAUACAAAGACCAAAUGGUCAAGAUGAGAGAUGGGCCGGCUAAGAAUGCGGUGAAGGCCAAGGCGUUACGUAUAUUGAAACAACGGAAAAUGUACGAAGCCCAAGUGGACAACUUGCGCCAACAGGCAUUCAACAUGGAGCAAGCCAACUAUGCCACUCAAACGUUGAAAGAUACCCAGGCGACUGUAGUUGCUAUGAAAGACGGUGUCAAACAAAUGCAAAAGGAAUUCAAAAAUAUCAACAUUGAUCAAAUUGAAGAUUUACAGGAUGAUUUGGCAGAUAUGUUAGAACAAGCUGAUGAGGUUCAAGAAGCAAUGGGUCGUAGCUAUGGAAUGCCAGAAAUUGACGAUGACGAACUUGCAGCAGAAUUGGAAGCUCUUGGUGAUGACCUUGCUUUGGAUGAAGACACCAGCUUCUUAGAUGAUGCUAUUAAGGCACCUAGUGCUCCAGAUAAAGAACCUGGAGCAAGUUCUGUCAAAAACAAGGAUGGAGUUCCAGUGGAUGAAUUUGGUUUGCCACAAAUACCUGCUAGCUAAGAGCACAUAAAAAUUUGUAGAUAAGAUAAUGUAAGUUUAAGAAUAUAUUUGCAUGCACACCCAAAGAACAUGAUCCUUUAAGGACACAAGACACUACAGGACAUAAAGCUUUUCUAAUAAACACUCCUGAUGCGAUAUAGAUAAUACUUUAAAGCUUUGUUGACAAAUCUUGUGCGGAAGAAGUUUAGUUCCAUACUAAUAAACUUUGUUACUGUUCUUA